GGCUGGAGUGAUUCAGGAAAGCGAGAGUACCAACUCCCAGGCAUUUCCCCAGAAACACUGAGGCAGGUCAUAGAGUACGCCUACACGUACUCUGUGGUCAUCACAGCUGACAAUGUGGAGAACCUCCUGGCAGCUGCUGAUUAUCUCAGUGUCCUGGGCAUCGUGCAGCGCUGCUGUGAUUUCCUGCAUGAGCAGCUCUGCCUUCAGAACUGCAUUGGCCUUUUAAAAACUGCCGAUGGUUACGGCCUCAGCGAGCUGCACCAGUCUGUUUUCAGCUUUAUCCUUAAGAACUUCAAGGAGGUUGCCAGCAUCUCAGAGGAGUUCAUAGAUCUGUCCCUGCAAGAACUUUGCGACAUUAUUGAGAAGGAUGAGCUGAAUGUGAAACAGGAAGAUGCGGUGUUUGAGGCCAUCCUCCAGUGGAUCGAGCACGAGCCUGCCACCCGAGAGGCCCACAUUUCAGUUCUGUUGCCCAAGGUUCGCAUGGCUCGUAUGGAUCCGGCGUACUUUAUGAAGAUCGUCAAAGCUAACGAUCUGGUGAAGGCCAAUGCGGCGUGCAGGCCAAUUAUCAGUGAUGUAUUGAAGAUCAUAUAUGAUCUCGACGAUAAAAGUCCACAAUCUGACUUUGAAAGGCCACUGAUCUGGCCGUCUGGUCGGGGUCUGGGCUGGUGCGCUUCUCGGCUGCUGCGGGGUCUAUUUGACCCCGUCAAAUGGCAGCACAUGGCACCGAUGCACUGGUGCCACUGA